GCUCAGCCUGAGGCCUGAGACCGGGAGACCCCCGGGAGCCGGGAGGGGUCGGGCAGGAGGAGCAGAGCACGGGGGUACUUCUGCGUUCCCGGUCCUGCGCGGAGGUCGUGGACCCCCUAUCACGUAGCAGGUCUCUCGCCCGGCCUGUCCUCGGCAUCGCCACAUCGGGCCUAAUAUGGCCGUUCGUGCUGGGACCGGCUAGGUGCACAGAGAUCCGGCCCCAGGUCCGAGACCAGGGACUGCUCCCGGCAUUCCUCGCGGGCUUGGCGUGGGCUCCCCUCGCCCAUCUCCAGGUCCAGCGAGUGGGAGCCCCUCGGGCUUUGAGGUAGCAUGGCCCAACCAUUGAUUGAGGUGGAGCGAAAGUUCGUUCCUGGCCCUGACACAGAGGAGCGGCUGCAGGAGUUGGGGGGCACCCUGGAGCACCAGGUCACCUUCCGGGACAGCUACUAUGACACCCCUGAGCUGAGCCUCAUGCGGGCUGACUAUUGGCUGCGACAGAGAGAGGGUAGUGGGUGGGAGCUCAAAUAUCCUGGAGGAGCUGUUGUCUCAGGACCUCACACUGAGUUUAUGGAACUCACAGUUGAGCCCGCAAUUGUGGCUCAGCUCUGUGAGGUGCUGGGAGCUGACGUCCUGGAGUCUGGAAGUGUGGCUGCUGUGCUGGGCCCACUGGGGCUGCAGGAAGUAGCUAGUUUUGUGACCAAGCGUAGUGCCUGGAAGCUGGUGCUAUCCCAAGCUGAAGAAGAGAAGCCUUCGCUCACGGUGGACCUGGAUACAGCCGACUUUGGCUACGCUGUGGGUGAGGUAGAGGCCCUGGUACACGAGAAGGCUGAGGUCCCAGCUGCCCUAGAGAAGAUCCACAGCCUCAGCAGCAUGCUUGGUGAGGGAGAUGUGCCCUUCUGUCCUUUCCUUGCCUUCCCUACCACUCUUUUGGAUGUAUCCACUGAAAUCAGCCAGAGGAGAGGGUCUUGGGGUUAUUUCUGUAACAGGGAUCGUCUUGGCAAUUUUUUGGAGGACGGUUUGCUUUUACAGAAGCUGUCUAACCUGGAUUGGAUCCUUCCUUGUCUCUAAUCUCCCCCAAUCCUUGUCUCAUUUAGUUCUGACACCGCUGGCUGCUCCAAGUUUGCAUCCGUCCUCUGCUUGAAUCCUUCCAUCCAUCCUUUCUUCCCCCAAAUCCUGUUUUCUUCUUUUUAUAGCUACCUAGAUCCCCAUUUAAUUUGUCCCGUUGGCUUUGAGUAGAAAGACAACAACGUUGUACUUAUGUGACAGACAACAGGAGAAGCCGUGGCAGAUUUCUUUUUCUGUAGACAGUUCAUCCAUAGAAGUAUGGGAUUGUGCGUUCCAUGAGGCCUUCAAGCAGUGGAAUGCUGCUCUCGCUUUCUCAGCAAACAUACACUAAGUUGAGUUUCCUGCUAUAAGCCCAGCAUGCUGCCAGACUCUAACAAUAAGACACUGACUUAUGGUGGCUCCAUACCACAUAGAGGCUAGAAUAUUAUGCGAAUCUCACCCCAUGGUUGUUGCUGCUUCUCUCCUUUCUACAUCCCUGUUUCUCUGUGUGCAUCUCUCCUUGUUCUUCAUUAUCAACUAAGGAGCUUCAGCCUGCCUGCAUGAGCUUUCAUCUUGACUGGGGGCCAGGAGUAGUAACUGAAAAGAGUAGAUACAGAGGCACCCUCUGUCUUCAUGGCAUCUGAGCACCUCUUCACCAUUUCUCCUUGCCAGAGGAGAGGCUCAUGCUUGGCUUCCCAGCUUCACUCCUACCCGAAGUGGCCCCUGUAGGCCCCACUGGCACAGGCCAGUCAGGGUGUGUGCUGGUGGGUUACAGAAACUUCCUAGGUGGCCUACAGAAUCCCAGUGCUGCCUUGGAAACAACUUUGAGGUCUGGCUAGGGCAGGGAGCGGAAUCAAAGCAUUUACAGCUGCCUGGUUCUCUCCUCUCAGUUC